AGUCCGCAGUGCUGUCACUGUUUAUUGACAGGAACGUCAAAUCUAAUUCGAUUUUGUUUACAUGUGAAAUUAUAUCAGUAUUAUGGCUUAAAACGGCCCUUUCGGUACAACUAAUGUGAAAAAGGCAACUUUAUAAUGCCGAAGCGCUCAAACUAAUUUUAAGAAUGCCUUCUAACCUUCAUUACUUGUGGAUUUUUGUCAUAAUAUGGCAACCUACUUUGUGUUUUUAUAACUUGUGUCAAAGCUCUCAGAACAAGGUUUUGAACCAUGAAGAGUGCACGGAUUUAUACUUUGAACCCAGUGAGAAAGCAACCAGCUUAGGACGUGUGGGACUGGAACUGGAACAAAACUCUCUUAAAAUAACCCCUGAGGCGUCUUCAUGGACUAAUACAUUUUUAAAAAUAUCCACACGUGACAACUCAACUAACCAGUUUUGUAGUACGCUAGUGAAAGAAGGAAGCUCAAAUUUUUAUUGUUUUACGUUUAUGCCUGAAGUAGAAAAUGAGACGCUCCUUAUUGAGUACAAAGUUGAAAAUCUUCCAGAGAUUAGUUCAAGGAGAUUCAUUUUUUCUUUCCCAAACUGGAAAGAAAUGCCGCUGUUCCUAUACAUUGAUCAAACAGAUCUGUCUCGAUUAGUUUUAAGGGCCCAAAAAUUGCCAAGUUUUAUUAAUAUAUCGUCCUACAAAGUAGAGGCCUAUAAGGAAAAAAACGGUAACACCAAUUUACAAGAUUCAAAGCUUUUUUCCAGUAGUGAUGACAUUCACUAUGAACUUUUUACAUAUAAUGAUGUAGGGAAAUAUUAUUUUACUGUAUCUGUACUAGGUAAUAAUUGUACGAAUAGCGUUUGCAUGAAGAUGUCAACCCCCAAAGUUUCCAUAGGACGUAAAGGUACUCGUGUAGUAAUUGGUAUAGUAGGAGCAAGUUUCAUUCUUCCAUUCAUAUUAUUUAUCUUCCAUAUUCUAACAAAGAAAUAUCCUGAAGAAAGUGCUUCAAAAUCUGAAGAACGCCUGGUCGUCGCUUACAGAUCUUCCUCGAAGAAGCACAACGAAGUGGUUCUUACAUUUGCAGCAUUACUGGAACAAAUGGGCAGCAAUCUCGUCGUAGACGUGAUCGAUUUAGCAAAAACCACAAAAAAAUUCCCACAAAAAUUCUGCAUCGAUUCUCUCAUUAUCGCUAACCGCAUCAUCUACGUGGCGCCACCUAAGCACGACUUGAACCCCAUUCUCAUUGAUAAGUCGUUGUCGGACAAAGAAUUCUUCGCCGUAAUUUUUGACUAUUGUGCCAACCGGUUACCCCAGUUUGUGGAUACUAGCAAAACCUUUAAACUGUUUGAAGAUUUUGAAAAUUUUAUGCAUGCGCUAAACAUAUCUGGAUCAUAUGACGCCGCUAUAUAUCAUGACUUGGUACGGAAGACUGAAGAAGCAAAAAUUGAGACUGACCAUUCCUUUAAAGAUACCAUACCGCAAAUCGUUAUCACGGAUUCUGAACCUCAAGAACACGAUUCACUGAUUUCAGAGAACGUUAUUUUGUAAGGAAGACUGAGUGUUUUGUGGAUAUACCUAUAUGUUUAGUACAAAAAUUUGGACUUUGUGUCACUUUUGUAUUUUAUCUGUAAUAACAACCAAUAAAAGUAUGGAAAGACGUGAAA